CGUUUGGAGCAGACACGAAACUGGAUGGCUUCUACAGGGAGCCAGGCCUCUGAUAUAGACAAGAUUUUUGGAUUCUUCAAUGAUGGCGAACCCCCAACCAGAAAGCCCAGGAAGCUACUUCCAAGCUUGAAAACCAGGAAACCUCGAGAACUUGUGCUAGUGAUUGGAACUGGCAUUAGUGCUGCAGUUGCACCGCAAGCCCCAGCCCUGAAAUCCUGGAAGGGGUUAUUUCAGGCCUUGCUUGAUGCUGCUAUUGAUUUUGAUCUUUUAGAAGAUGAGGAAAGCAAAAAGUUUCAGAAGUAUCUCCAUGGAGACAAGAACCUCGUCCAUGUUGCCCAUGACCUCAUUCAGAAACUCUCCCUUCAUACCAGUAAUGUUCGAUACACAUUUUUCAAAGACUGUUUAUAUGAAGUAUUUGAUGACCUGGAGUCAAAGAUGGGAGAUUCUGGAAAACAGCUCCUUCAGUCUGUUCUCCAUCUGAUGGAAAAUGGAGCUCUAAUAUUAACUACAAAUUUUGAUAAUCUUCUAGAACUAUAUGCAGCUGACCAGGGAAAACAGCUUGAAUCCCUCGACCUUACUGAUGAGAAAAAGAAAAAAGUCCUGGAGUGGGCUCAGGAGAAGUGGAAGCUAAGUGUGUCACACAUCUAUGGGGUCUAUACCAAUCCUAGUGGCAUUGUCCUCCACCCAGCUGGAUAUCAGAAUGUGCUCAGGAACACUGAAGUUAGGAGAGAGAUUCAGAAACUCUAUGAAAACAAGUCAUUUCUUUUCUUAGGUUGUGGCUGGACGGUGGACAACACCACUUUCCAGGCCCUGUUCCUAGAGGCUGUCAAGCAUAAAUCUGACUUAGAACAUUUCAUGCUGGUUCGGAGAGGAGAUGGUGAGUUCAAGAAGCUUCGAGAAAACAUGCUGGAUGAGGGGAUUAAAGUCAUCUCCUAUGGGAAUGACUAUGCUGAUCUUCCAGAAUAUUUCAAGCAACUGACAUAUGAGAUCUCCACAAGAGGCAGACCAGGGAUGGCAAGAGAAGGCCAUCUAAAUGGUUCAUCUGCAGCACACAGGGAAAUAAGAGGCUGUAGUACAUGAGCAAGCUGGAGAAAUCACCAUUAGACCCCGCUGUGGGGC